UGUUGAUGUUGGCAACAGUGGAUGGAAACGCGAGACAUACAAAAUACAACUUAACCCAGCUUAAUUGUGUUCAAGCAAGUAUUUGUUACAAGUUUUAUCAGACCUCGCUAAACGCAACGUUAGAAUCCUUAGUCCCUAAUUAGUUAGAAUCCUAAGAACUAUAAGCCUUGUUUUAUGGUUAGAAUGAAACUAACCGCCCCUCGUUAAAGAAAUUUUUCUUGUCAAAUGGAGCCGGAAACAGCGACACCAGCUCCCAUUCCACAUACCAGACUGGGGGAGUGUGAGGUAUGUGCGGGCGUGCAAGCAAAGUACUCCUGCCCAAAAUGCGAGGUGAAAACCUGCUCGUUGCAGUGCAGCCGCAUCCACAAGGCUGAACUGGUGUGCGACGGGCUGCGCGACAAAACCAAGUACCUGCCAAUGAACCAGUUCACUGAUCUGGUGUGCGAAAGCGACUAUCGGUUGCUACAAAGCAUCACCGACCGGCUGGAUGCCAUUAAGAAGGAGUCCAGGAGCCGCAGGCUGCACUCGUACCUUUUACCGCGACACCUGCUGAAGCUUAGAAGCGCUGCACAGCAACGCAGGACGUUGCUCAAGUUCCUGCCCAUGCACUUUGUCAGGCACAGACGAAACACAAGCCGGUGGGAUAUAAAAAGGCAGCACAUUUUGUGGCACUUGGAAUGGGUGUUUGUGAACGCCGACAACCUGGUGGUGAGAGAACCCCGGGUGGACGAAGAGCAAAAGAUCGGUUCCCUCCUCAGCAGGCAUUUAGUGAAGCAGGAGGAUCCCGCCUUGCAGGAGCGAAUGCAGUUCUAUCAAGCCGCAGACCUGAGCGGCCUCAAAGUGCUAUUGCGGGCUGAGCAGAAGGGCACUGCGAAGUUCUACGAGAUGGAUCUAGACCUGACUGUUAGGGAGUGUUUGGCCAAGCGGCUCAUCAUCGAGCACCCAGUAAUACAUGUGGUGUUGAGGGACCAUGGUAGUGGAUUUCAGCUGAUUGACACAGAUGACGAGGACCAGGUAGAUGAGAGCAGGACAGGCGGGCAAGUGAUCGAGAAGCUGAUCAAGCGCGCGGAGAACGACGAGAGAUUGUGCAACUCUCUGACCAAUCUGCUGUUUGUCACUGACCAAUCGGACGAAGAGCCAGAGCUUACAUAGAGGAAUGUUCUAGUUUAUUUACACCCGGACGCCAACUAAUUUAAUAAUAAUGAUAAUAAACCUUACCUAACUUACAACA